AAAUGAAGUUUGCUCCAUUGUGCUGCACUAUUUUGGAAGCAAUUUAGUCAUUUUUUAUGUGGGACAUCCAAUCAAAUGAAAGAUAUAGGAUUAUCCUUAAUCAGCCAAUCAAAUUUAAAAUUUCUAUUUAAAAAUUAGCGCUAGGGUUUUCAGUUUAAAAUAUUAAUAAUAAUGGCUCCAUCAAAAUCACCAAAAGCAGAAGCAAAAAAGACUGUAAAAACAGUUAAGACUAAAAAAUCAACAGAUGAUAAGAAAAAGGCAAGAAGAAGAUAAGAGACCUUUGCCUUAUAUAUUUACAAAGUGUUAAGAUAAGUGCAUCCAGAAAUUGGUGUUUCAAGAAAAGCUAUGAAUAUUAUGAAUUCAUUCAUCAAUGAUAUUUUUGAUAGAAUUGCACUUGAAGCCAGCAAAUUAGUCAGAUUUAACAAAAGAAGAACAUUAAGUUCAAGGGAAAUUUAAACUGCUGUCAAAUUAUUACUUCCAGGAGAAUUGGCCAGACAUGCUAUCUCUGAAGGAACAAAAGCUGUAACAAAAUACACAAGUGGCUGAUUAUAUAAGUUUAAUUAAGUACAAAUAUAAAAAAGUGG